UCGGGUCAAUUAAUACAUUUGGUAGAACCCUAGAAACACAACGCAACGACGAACGACGAGAAACUAUGGGAGAAGAACAACAUCAAGAAGACGAAGCGAACAAGAACUCAGGUCCAAGUUCCUCCGUCCCAUUGACACAAGCUCAGUUCCUCUCAUGGAAAACCCACAAGGAAGCGGAAGCAUCAGCCAAGAAAGCUGAGGCAUCAAGGAAACGGGAGGCAGACAUUGCUGCAGGUUUGGUUCAAAUGAAUGGCAAAGAACUUUUCAAGCAUGAACCUUGGGUGUUUGAUAACAAUUUGUAUUAAGAUUUUGUGGAUUAU